UUAUGACUCAGUUUCGUCAAUCUUUUCUUCUAUCUUUUGGUAAACUAGGUGAUUGUUGGAACAAAUUCAUUCAUGAAUUGACUUCAUUAUAUUAACGAUUUAAGCCUCAUCACUCUUACCCAUUACUAAAAUAUUUUCAGAUACAUUUUACCACUCUUCCCACAGAAAGCGGUUCUUCAAGAGAGAGUCAGGGAAAUAAUCAGCAUCAACAUAAACCAAAACUUAUCAAUUUUCUGCUUUAAACAGAUACAAAAUGCGUAAAACUCUUCUUCUCAGGGCGACACAUAUUCAUACAGCAUACAGUACAUAUUAAAAUGCUUCUUCGAAGAUUGACCUGGGAGCUAGUCGGUACUUUCAUCGCAAUGGGAUGGAUUUUUAUGCCACGAUAAAUUAAUUAACCUUACGUGCCUGAUAGUAGUGAAAGAAUUGGAAUGACAGCCAGGUUGCCUUUUUCUUAAAGGGGUUCAGGGGCUGUCUUUUUCCAGGGAGCGCGAGAAUGCCUGACCACAGACUCUUUCACUGCUACACUGUCAAAAAAACAAAAGAGACUGAGCCUGAUCUUAGGUUAACUGGAUUCUUUAUUGGGGAAGUUUUGUUUUCUUUAGCUACUUCAGCCAAGUCAGAACCUGGAAAUUACUUCAGUUUGACAAGAUUCUCAACCGACUUUCGUAAAGAGAUGGAUAAUUCAGCCAGAAAUGAAGGUUUUUUAAGUUCUUACUAUUUCAUAACUUGAACGCUAACGGUUAAACUUACCAUCCCCUCCAAGUCGUUACUUGUAAUCAAUGUAAUAUUACGUGGAUCCUGAGAAAUAAUUUUUGCGGCUCGCAGCUAGCCUUUGUUUGCUUUCUGUCUUUUUAAACUUAUUAUGCGACAAUCUUAUUUUCGAUGAGACAAAUACUUUGUAGACACCUCUAAUGACGCACAAUGGCGACAGGCCCGUGUUACUGAAAUCCAAAUAUUGUCCAUAUGUGCUGACGUAGGUGAACUCUGGAGACAACUAGGCACUCUCUUAGAGUUGCCAACGGCUGAGGUUCGUAAUUUGGCGACGGACUACAGGAUGUGUAGUGAAAAGGCCUGGAAAGUGAUGGAAAGAUGGCUCCAAAUGAAGGGAAGUAAGGAAACACUUGGAAUUCUUACCCGGAUACCUUUGAGAGGAUAGGAAUGAGAACUGCCGUCGAAAAACUGAUUGGCGGAACAGGAAAAGUAGAGGUAGGGGUGAACUCCGUUCGAGCACAAAGUGGAAGAGGAUUUGAGAAGUUUAGGAAGGAUUUCCAGAACGAGCAACAGGGGGGAAAGUCAGAGAUUCAAGAACUAAAUGAAAUCAUGUACGAAAUGCAAACCGAUCCGGAAGAGUUCGAUCCUCCAAAAACAGAAAAAAUUGCGCAAUCAGCUCAAAUGACAGAGCUGGAAGACAAAGUUAGCAAAAGUGAGUCGGAGUGCAGGAGGCUACAGGAAGAGGUCAAGAAGACCAUGAAAUUCGAAAGUCAUACUUUCGUACUGGCUAAAGAGGAAUUUGCUGAUGUCAUACGCUUCUUAUAAUCGAAUGCUCCAUCUCAAAUGUCAGCUUGCAGAUCUUCUGAUGGCCUAGGAAAAGCAAAUGACAUAUUAAUUCAUAUGAAGGGAGCUACCAGUGAAACAAAAGAGUUGGAAAACUCAUGGUGGGCUGUUGAUCUGAGCCCAAACCAUCGGCUUGUGAUCACACACUACUCUUUGAGACACGGCAAAAGGGAUGGAGAGUAAGUCCUAACCCAUUGGCAGCUGGAGGGAUCCAGUGAUGGGAAGAACUGGAAAAAACUUAAAACUAAUCAUGGAAAGGUAGAUUUGCCACGCUUUGGAAGUCCUCACCCAUUUUGCACAGGACAAUAGUCGGUUGAAGGAGUAAGAGAAGCUUUCUGUUUUUUUAGUUUUUUUCCCAACAGACAGAAAUUCCUUUGGCCAAUAUGGAAUUUACUUAUCUGGAAUCGAGCUAUUCAGAGUAUUUCAGCUUUGGGGGGUUUCAUUUAUACAGUUUUUCGUAUCCAAUCUCUCAGUCAAGGGCAUUAUCAGCCAACAUAACAGCAAGCCAAAACGGCAUUGUUUAUUUACUUAUAGCUCUCCAAUUAAAUUCUCUUUCAUGCGUUGGAAGCAAACUAUGUUGAUUUUUUGUACUUUCUGAAGCAGCAUUUGAGAUCAGAUUUUUUAAUGUCACUAUCACUGGGCUCUACAAAACGAGUUCAGUUGUUCUUCCAGGUAAAGUUAUAAAGAUAAAAAAGUGAAACUCUCGAGCUGGCCUUUUCCCCCUAACUUCGUUCUUUUUCGACGUGAAUAAUCUUUGGACAAAUAUCGACGUAAAUGGGGGUUAUUUAACAAGUAAACCCCUCAGGCCGCUGGUAACGUCCACA